AUGACUGCAGCUGUCGUGCGGUCCAUUUUUGAAGAUGAUGUCCCACCCACAGAGCAUACGCUCUUGAUGUCUGCAGCGAUAAAAGGAGAUGCGAAGAGCGUUCAAAGAUACCUCAAACAAAAGGGGCAGCAGGAUAGACACGGUUAUACUGCGCUCAUGUUGGCAGUCAUGAAUGAGCAGCUGGAGUGUACGCGGCUCCUCGCCCCGUGUGAAGCCAAGAUACAGGACAACUUUGGCUGCACAGCUCUCAUGCAUGCAGCCAAACGCGGAAGUGUAGACAUUAUUUCAUUGCUUCUAGAACACGAAGUUGGCAUUCGCUGUUUCAUGGGUUGGACUGCCCUGACAUGGGGGCUCGAUUGCCAGAAUCCAGCUGCCAUCGAUCUUCUUUUGCAUGUCCCCGAGGAGUGUUCCGCUCCCCUUACUCUUCUACGGGCAAUAGCACGAUGUAGCAAAGAUAUUGUUGCCAAGAUUUCCAAGCAUGCACAGUUUGCUGAUCUUAAGAGUGCUAGAGACUGGGCUUUAAAGAGAGGAUAUACAGACGCAGUAGAUGUUUUAGAUACCGAUCUUCAACAAGACUCCUAA